UUAACAAGCGUCGGGGCUGUUCUUCUUUCUGCAGCUUCCAAGGAUCUCUGGAUUUUGCAAAACAGUUCCAAGAAAACAAUGGCCAACUUCUCCUUAUGGACAGUUUUUGGAUUAUGUUUGCUGAAGCUCUGUCUAGCAGAAACAGAAUUCAAUGUAAGUUGCAGAUAUGGAGGAGUUUUUCAUGUUGAAAAAAAUGGUCGCUACAGUCUCACACGAUCUGAAGCAGUUGAACUCUGCAGAGCUCUCAACAGUACCUUGGCAACCCUAGAGCAGCUGAAGAAAGCUCAUGAGCUUGGAUUUGAAACUUGCAGGUAUGGUUUCGUGGUGGGGUAUGUUGUUAUCCCACGGAUCAAUCCCUAUCCUCUUUGUGCAGCAAAUAACACUGGCAUUUACAAACUUUCAGCAAAUACAACUGCUCGGUAUGAUGCAUACUGUUACAAUGCAACAGAAACAGAGGAAAAAACAUGUGAGCCAGUUGUAAAAAUAGAUACUUCCUUACUCAGCAACCAGGAUGAAAUAGUCAUUGACAACGCGGACGGCUCCAGCUUCAACGCGGACGGUACACGUCACACCGCUGGAGAGUCCUCCACCUCAGGGGUGGAUGAUGAAAAUGCAGGUAGUGGAUCAACUCAUGAGACAACUGCCAUGGAUGCCUCCAUCAGCAGGUCCAGCCCCUCAUAUUAUGGAAGUCCUACUCCAGUCUCACAGCUCCCAGGUCAUUCUUCUGGAGGAGGUGAAAAGGAAUUUCCUGGAAUCUAUGGUGAUGAAUUUCCAUCUGUAUCACCUGAUACCUUUUUUGGGACAACGGCUGGUGAUUUCCAUGACGAAGAUGAUGGGCAGUAUCCUGCAAGUACUACUCCAGGGCCUCAUCAUGACAACCUGGAGAAAACCACCACCCAAGCUUGGUGGAAUCCGUUCCCAGACAACUGGUGGUGGUCGAAUCCUGGAGAGAAGACGCAAGAACCCACGCCAGCAACCAGGGCAGGUGUGACCUCCAGUGGCAGUGAUUCAGAUGAUGAAGACUCUUCAGAGGAGAUUGUGUAUCCCACCAUGUUUCCAGGCUGGGGCAGAAGUGUGGCCAAGGAUGAGACUGCUGCAAGUACGACUCCAGGGCCUCAUCAUGACAACCUGGAGAAAACCACCACCCAAGCUUGGUGGAAUCCGUUCCCAGACAACUGGUGGUGGUCGAAUCCUGGAGAGAAGACACAAGAACCCACGCCAGCAACCAGGGCAGGUGUGACCUCCAGUGGCAGUGAUUCAGAUGAUGAAGACUCUUCAGAGGAGAUUGUGUAUCCCACCAUGUUUCCAGGCUGGGGCAGGAGUGUGGCCAAGGACGAAACUGCUACAAGUACGACUCCAGGGCCUCAUCAUGACAACCUGGAGAAAACCACCACCCAAGCUUGGUGGAAUCCGUUCCCAGACAACUGGUGGUGGUCGAAUCCUGGAGAGAAGACGCAAGAACCCACGCCAGCUACCAGGGCAGGUGUGACCUCCAGUGGCAGUGAUUCAGAUGAUGAGGACUCUUCUGAGGAGAUUGUGUAUCCCACCAUGUUUCCAGGCUGGGGCAGGAGUGUGGCCAAGGACGAGACUGCUCCAAGUACGACUGUAGACUCACAACACGUAACACUUCUGGAAAUCACCACACAAGGCCAUUGGAACCCCACCUUUACAGAUGAAGAGGAGCAGGAUUCUAGCUCUGGUAGCAGGGUCACAAUCUUACCAGCACUAGUUACAAGUGAAAAUGAAAAGCAUCAAGGACCAACCCAACAUCCACUAUCACACAGCUUUCAUUCUGGAGGGAUCAGUCAAGAACAAAAUCCUGCAAGUACCACUGGCAAUAUUGAACAACAUGAAUUUACUACUGCAGGUGAAAAUUAUUUUUCAGAGGAAACUUCUACAGCUAUGGUCCCCAGCCAUGGGGCCAAACAGAAUGACUCAGCACGAGAGCCACUGGUGUCUCCAGGCUGGAAUGAGGGAGAGGAUUAUGCCACAGAGCCUGCUGGAAUGGAUAGAGUUACUCCUUCCAGAGAGAGCAAUCAUGAAAGAGAGUCUUCCACCACAGCUGUUGCCUCUCCUGAUGAUGCCACCACAAAGAGCCAACUCAACCAUUUCUGCCUCGGGAUUAAACCAGAAAUGAGCACUGAAGGCAUCACGAAUCCCACAGAUGCCCCCGGGGAUGAAGUUCUCCACAGGACCACAGCCACUAUGAACAAAGCUGUCACAGCCUCCACUGACAUUCUGGCACCAGAAGAUAUAACCCAGGAAGCGUGGGCACCUCGCCUUGUGGUGACAUCUGCUUCCUCUCCUGAGGGUGCCCACCACAAAGAGCCAACUCAAACACCUCUGCCUUCAGAUGAUGAACCAGGACAGGGCACUGAGGGCAUCACAAAUCCCAUGGAUACGCACAGAGAUGAAGGCCUCCACAGAACUACCUCCAGUGUGACCACAGCUGGUAAUGACUAUUUUCUGAUGGGUAUCAUCAUAGAGUCUGUGGAUGAUGCUGACCAAGAGAAAGCAACCAAGGAGCCACUGGCACCUGGCACUGCACCUGGAAGGGAAGGUGAACCAGCAACCACCACAGAUGGUUUCCAUGUCCAUGGGACACCUGGAGUUUUUUCAGACAUUGAGGACCGUUUCAUUCCCUUGCAGACUCCUCUUACUACCAGCUCUACCUCUAGUGUGUAUGAUAACCAAGGACCACACAAGGGACAUGAUGAAUCCAUGACUUCCCCUGGAGGGACUGCCACAACAAAAAUAGGUUCAGAAUCAAGGUCGGCCCGUGUACCAGACUGGCUGAUCAUUGUUGUUGCUCUGGUGGUGCUUGCAUUGAUCCUGGCAGUGUGCAUUGCUGUCAACAGUCGCAGAAGAUGUGGGCAGAAGAAAAAGCUAGUGAUUAACAAUGGCAAAGGGGCAGUGGAGGACAGGAAGACAAGUGAAUUAAAUGGAGAUAUCAGCAAAUCACAAGAAAUGGUGCACUUGGUUCAUAAAGAACAGUCAAAUGACCGAACACAAGCAUGUGAUGAAUUCCUGACUGUUAAUGAAACACAAAAUCAUCACGAGUGUGACAUGAAGACUGGAGUGUAAUGGUACCACACUGCCAAGCAGAUCAGGGCUGGGGAAACCAAAAUCAUGUGGAACUUGAACAGGAAUUCACAGAUGCACUGUGCUACUGAUGUCUUUUGAACAUAAGUUCUGUUUCUUUUAAAUCACUUUGCAAUGACGCCUGAGUUUAAAAAUUGACAUGUGCUUUCUGAAAUACACCCCCAAGAGUUGCAUAAUGCUUUCAGUUCCCAGUCCCUUCACAGAGGACUCUCACUGUGUCCUGGAUGUUAGGAGGCAUACAAGUUUACAUCAUUAUUCCCCAGAUGGAAGGUCUUCACUGUGUGAAGCUAAAGAAGUAUCCAGUCACUCCAUCUUACAGAUAUUUAAAGUAUAAAACUUGCCAUGGUAGAGAAAUAAGUGAGGAAAAAUGUCAAGAGUAAAAAAAUCAAGUUUAAACCCAAAAGGCAUCUUCUACAAUGUCUGCAACAGCAGAAUCCUUCAGAAAUGCCUUCCAGCCAGGAAUGGCUGUGGGUACAUUCAGAAUCUGCCAGUAUAAACAAAAAGUGACAUUUUAUAAUUAUGUGUGGCUUGGUCUGCAACGAAGGAAACCCAGAAGGACAAAAUUUAUUUAUCUCUAUUUUUAAAUAUCUAUGGACAUACAGCAAGUCUUCUCGGGAGGGGUAAUAAAGGCAUGAAAACAUGAGCUGAAAUAUAAUAAACUUCUAUUCUUCAUUAUCCUAGCAACCUGUACAAUUAUCCUUCAGUUUUUGAGGUGUUCACUGCUCUUCUCCCCACCUCAUUCAUUGGUCCAAGUUUGUGCAUGUGUUUAAUGAGCCUGUUAGUUAAGAUAAUGAAUAAAACAAAAUGACCCCAGCUCUAUCACAUAUGCACAAAUCAAGCAAUUGAGAUCACUAGGGAAGCUGACAGUAUUUUAUUCCUGAAAAUAGGUCUCCGUAUUCUGCUCCAUUUUGGUAAGGAGAUGCUGAGCCUAUUAAUUUUUUUCCUCUAUAACUAUUACAUUAUACGAGAUUGCUUAUAUUUUAAAAGCUGCUUUUCUAUGAUCUCGCUCAUUUCCUCUGAAUUCUAUUUCAUCUACAUUUUUUCCAUCAGCUUUUUAAAAACACCAAAAAGAAACAUCGCUUGCUUUUUGGUACCAGAAGUUCAAUUUCUACAGAAAAGAUCAAAGCAAAGGAAAGGAAACUCUUCCCAGCCAUGUAAUAUAGUAGAGUAGUUGAGCUGCAUUGUUACAUGCUUUCGUUAUGUCCUUUUGUGUCUGUAAAGUAUUUGUAUUAAGCUAUGAUGCUGUGCAUUAUAUUGAUAAGAAUUGUCAGGAAAACAAUUAUUUACUACCAGUGGUCUAUGCCAUUUUUAGAAAGCUUAUUGGAAUGGAGGGAGAAUUGUAAACUUCCAAUUGGACUCCCCCCAGGAAAUGCAGGGAAAAAUGCUGGUCUGUGCCAGCUGUGGGAUGUGGAUGGUCUGUAGCAGGGCUGUUCAGGAGUUCUGUUCACUGACCAUAGCCCCUGUCUUUGAAACUGCUCUGCUAAAGUGUGUUGUAUUAUGUUCUCCAUCUGAAGCAGUUUGGAGGGUGAAUAUUCAGCUGGCUAAAUACUGACUUCAGCUAGCACUGAUCUUUACUGGAACAUAAAGAACAAGACUGUUGAUUAUAUUUCUGAGUCACAGCCCUCCAGCAGUUUCCCAUGUGUUUCAUGGAAAUGCUCAAGUGCCCUGGUAUCUGCUGGCAGAUCUGCUCAGGGCAAUUUACACCUGGGCAAAAAGUCCCAAGAGAAAGUGAUGUUUUAAAAUACACAUAAGAUGUUUUUUGGCUUUAUGCACAUCAGAUAUUUCAUCUGUGAACAAUGGAUUGAUUCUUGUUUAAUGUUUUUAAGCACACUUUUCUAUUUGUCAUUAGAAAUCAGAGUGAUCUGCUGAAGGCUGUGUUUAAACUGCUGUUAGGUACUCAUUCCACUAAGUAGGGAGAUCCAGGGUAAGAAUUAAAAAUUGUUAAAUCCUAACUGGGAAUAGGUCUCAGUGAGAAGGACGUAUUUCACUGUCUUGGAGGCUAAACUUCUCUUAAAAAAACCAAAGAGUCUGUGGCAUGUUAUUCAUCUCCCUGUUCAGAUGUUAAAUGAAGAAAUCCACAAACUUCUUGGUAAUUUAUUUUAUAGUCAGUAGCUAUAAAAGCACAGGCAACACUGGUUGGGUUCUUUGUAUAUUUUUAAAGGAGAGAUGCUCAAGAGGCAAUGCCAUUAUUUUAUAUAUGCUGAUUCUUUUUAGAUUAUGUCCUGUGACUUAUGUGUAAUUGUUUCAUUAUAGUUUCGAAACUAGACAGCCAUUUCAUAUGUGUAAAACAGUACAUAUUUUUAUUAAUCUUGCUUUUAUUAUGAGGAGUUGUUUGUUGUGUGUAUGUAUUUUUAUAUAGAGCACUUGAUAUAUUUGCAUAUUUAUUUAACAGAUUAAUCAGAAUUAAAGAAAAUGCCAUCUCUAAAUUGUAACUAGAAAUAAUAUUGCUGAAAACACAUCGGACUUUAAAAUAAGCUUCCAAAAUAAACCAGAUUCCACGCUGAGGAUGAAAUGUAAGUCCAGCUGUUAGUGGGAGAGAAGCCUUCAGCUGGAUAGUCAUGUUGAGUGCUGUGACCAUUUUUUCUGCUUGCAAAUUCCAAGCCGGGCUGAGGUGAAUGCUGUGUGACCUUGUCUGCUCUGCUGGCCUCCCCCAGGCUCCAUGGGUGCUCCGGGCAUUAGUGAUGAGCUCAGCUUUACCCCAGAAGCAGACAACAGCUACAGCAACUUGGUUCAGCUAAAGAUCAACCCAGUAAGAUCUUGGCGACCAUGCCUGGCUCGCUGAACCAACACUUGAAGAGUGCAGCACCCAGCAAGACCCAGGUGCUGACAGACAAAUCAGCUGUGACUGACAGACCUCUGUGUCUUGGUCUGUCCCUGCUUGGUGCCCAGGAAGAAUGAGGAUCUCCCCUAAAAAGGCUAAGGAGCCUGUGAUCAGCUUCUGUUAUUCCUUUGUCUUGAAAAGUGUCACGUAAAUGUGAUCCAGACCAGUGGAAUACUGUCUAAAGCAGCAAGCAUAUUUAAGAGAGUCUCUGUAUGUUUUAUGGGAAUGUAAUGUUUUCAUGAAGCAAUGCAGGCUGAUUGUUUCAUCUGUAUUUUCUUGAAGUUCUGAAAAGGAAUAUUUGAUUAAAGCAGAGAAAGGA